AUGUCAAACCUCUACAACCUCGAACCGCAACCCACAGCAAAAGUCAUCCUGAACACGACAGCCGGCGACCUCACCCUCGAACUUUUCGCAAAGCAGACUCCUCUCGCCUCGCGCAACUUCCUCCAACACUGCCUCGAUGGCUACUACAACAACACAAUCUUUCACCGCCUCGUACCAGGCUUCAUUAUCCAAGGCGGCGAUCCCACGGGAACUGGAUCAGGAGGAAUCUCUGCCCUAAACGAAGGCGAGCCCUUCCAAGAUGAAAUCCACACGCGCCUCAAGCUCAAUCGGCGCGGCCUGCUCGGUAUGGCCAACGAAGGACCCGACAGCAAUGCAAGUCAAUUCUUCUUCACACUGGAUGCUACUCCGGAGUUGCAGGGCAAGAACACCAUGUUUGGGAGGAUAGAAGGAGACACGAUUUACAAUCUGAUGAAGAUGGCGGACGCGGAGUUGAAUGAAGGGAGCGAGAGGCCGAUGUAUCCUACCAAGAUCACCGGCGCAGAGAUACUGGUGAAUCCUUUUGAAGAUAUGGUUGCGCGAGUAAAAGAGGCGCCGAGGACGAGGGCAGAAGGCGGAAAGAAGGAGGUCAAGAAGAGGAAGAAGCCUGCUGGGAAGAAUGUUUUGAGUUUCGGAGGCGAUGAAGGCGAAGAGGAUGUUGCGCCUGUGUUGAAGAAGGUCAAGGCGAACCCGAAGCUGGUCGCUGUUGAACCUGACGAGCCUGAAAAGGCGCCGAAGGAGAAGAAGGAAAAGAAAGCCCCAAAGUUAGACGAUGAGCCCAUGCCAGACAUCGAAGUAAAAGUCUCUAAAUCUUCAAAUUCAGCACCUGCAAAGCCCGAACAGCUCGAGGAAGCAGACGAAGAAUCCUCCGAAGACGAAGAAGAUAUCCGUCAACGAAGACUCGAUAGGACCAAUGCUGAGAUCCAAGCUCUCAAAGCAAGCAUGAAACGCACAGUGGAUGUCAAACCUAAAGAGAAGGAAAAGCCCAAAUCUGCACUAGAAGCUAUGAUCCCCGAAACCAGCACCAGAGGUCGAAAACGCGGGAAAGCUACAGACGAAAAGGGAGCUUUCGACCUCUUCGCUAGCUUCAAGAAGCGUCUUGAGGACCUUCCAGAAGAUGAGGAUACCGGAACUACUUCCACAAAGCCGGCUGAAGCUUCCACGAAUGGCCACAACGCCGUCGAACCUACAACCGCCGAGGAUGAGGAAGCAGCGCUUUGCGAUUUGCACUUCAUUGCCAAUUGUCAGUCGUGUAAAUCUUGGGAUCAGGAGGCAAACGACACGGUCGAUGAUGACAACGGUACCAGCUGGAUGACUAAGCGACUUACUUUUGCCAGGGAUUUGCUUGGAAAGGAUCUAGAAUGGAAGAAGAAGAUGGCGGAGAUUGAGGUUAUUGAUCCGAGGGAGAAGGCUAGAGAGCUCAAGGAAGAGAGAAAGAAGGGCAGCAAGGGGGAAGGGAAGGGAAGGUCGUGA